CUCGGGAUGGCGGCAGAAGAGAGUGACGAGGUGGUGCGUGGGGAUGUGCAGCGGCUUCUGGUCCAGUUCCAAGACGAGGGCGGGCAGCUCUUGGGCUCGCCCUUCGACGUGCCCGUGGACAUCACCCCGGACAAACUCCAGCUCGUCUGUAAUGCGCUGUUGAAUAAGGAGGACCCCCUCCCCUUGGCCUUUUAUGUCCAUGACUCAGAGAUCAUCACUUCACUGGAAAAGACGCUUGAGUCCAAGUCUGUGGAGACUGAAAAAGUCCUUGACAUCAUUUACCAGCCUCAAGCUGUGUUCCGGGUCCGAGCCAUCACCCGCUGUACCAGCUCCCUAGAGGGUCACACUGAGGCUGUCAUCUCUGUGGCCUUCAGCCCCACUGGGAAGUAUCUGGCCAGCGGUUCCGGAGACACCACUGUUCGCUUCUGGGAUCUCAAUACAGAAACUCCCCACUUCACAUCCAGGGGUCACAGGCAUUGGGUCCUCAGCAUUGCCUGGUCUCCGGAUGGCAAGAAACUGGCCUCAGGCUGUAAGAAUGGUCAAAUUCUCCUGUGGGACCCAAACACGGGGAAGCAGUUGGGCAGGGCCCUUGCUGGACAUAGCAAGUGGAUCACAGGACUGAGCUGGGAGCCGUUGCACACGAACCCCGAGUGCCGCUACGUGGCCAGUAGCUCCAAGGAUGGCAGCGUGCGGGUCUGGGACACAACUGUUGGCCGGUGCGACCGCAUCCUCACUGGGCACACCCAGUCGGUUACCUGUAUCAGAUGGGGAGGGGACGGCCUUCUCUACUCAGCCUCCCAAGACCGAACCAUCAAAGUGUGGCGGGCUCAUGAUGGGGUGCUCUGCAGGACACUACAGGGGCAUGCUCACUGGGUGAACACCAUGGCACUUAGUACUGACUACGUCCUUCGAACAGGUGCCUUUGAGCCGGCAGAGGCCUCAGUUAACCCCAAGGACGUCCAAGGCUCCUUGCAGGAGCUGAAGGAGAGAGCCCUGGGCCGUUACAACCAAAUGAGGGGCCUGGGCCCAGAGAGAUUGGUCUCGGGCUCCGAUGACUUCACGCUGUUCCUGUGGUCCCCGUCAGAGGACAAGAAGCCCCUGCAGCGGAUGCUGGGGCACCAGGCCCUCAUCAAUCAGGUGCUCUUCUCCCCUGACGCUCGCAUCAUCGCUAGUGCCUCCUUCGACAAGUCUAUCAAGUUGUGGGAAGGCAAGACCGGCAAGUAUCUGGCCUCCCUCCGAGGCCACGUGGCAGCUGUGUACCAGAUCGCCUGGUCUGCAGACAGCCGGCUCCUGGUGAGUGGAAGCAGCGACAGUACCCUCAAGGUGUGGGACGUGAAGACACGAAAGCUAGCUGUGGACCUCCCUGGUCAUGCUGAUGAGGUGUUUGCUGUAGACUGGAGUCCGGACGGCCAGCGGGUAGCAAGUGGUGGGAAGGACAAAUGUCUCCGAAUAUGGAGGAGGUGAGAUCCAAGGAGCCUUUCCACCCCUUCCCCUCUCAUACCCUAAAUCCAAUUCCAUCUGUACCACCACUAGCCAUCUUGGGGCUGCAGGCAGGCUGGCUUGUCAGGAGGUGGGACAGGUAUUCUACAGUCAGCCAUGGCCCUAGGACCGAAAAGUGGUUAAUGCGACUCUCAGAGAUGUCUGAUGCAGCUGGAGACAGACACGGCAAGGUGUGUGACAAGAGUCAGUGACCUUGGACCCUGAGCUGGCGCCUAGAGGAGACCAGGGGGCAGGCCUCCACACCUGCAGCUUUUUAUUCCCUUCUAAAUGUCGACUUCCUACAGAGUAGGAUGCCUCUGUUUUUGCCAAAUAA